GUGAAAUUGAUUUUCCAGCAAGUUUCAAAAUGGAGGAGCUGCUGGAGUGCGAGGAGUGCCAUGUCUUCCAAAGCAAGAAAGACGAGUUUCGGGAAAGCCAAAGGGAAAACCCUCGUCCUGUGUGCAAUGCAUGCUCUACGAAGCGGGCAUGGACCAUGUUCGCCGCCGACAUUGCUGCGUGUCCAAACGCCCGAGUUAUCCACAACCACGGAGCACCCCAACCUUCAACAACAUCGUCGCUGUCAGCCGCUCAAAGAUCCCGUGAAAGAUCCCUGAACAACGCAGCACCAACUGCAUGGGAGCAUGCGGCGGCCGAGAAGAUCAAACAAGAACUCAAGGAUGCCAAUCCAACCUCCGACGACAAGUCUAUAAGCCCUGGAGACGCCGUUCGGCGCACAAAGUGGUGCGCGGGAUGUAACCAAGGCGUGGUGUCGGCCCAGCGUUGCAGCCAGUGCAAGCGCGCGUUCUUCUGCAGCACCGCGUGCCAAAAGACUGGCUGGCUCAAGCACAAGGCGCAGUGCCGUGCCAUAUCAGUCGAGCCGUCCGUGGCCGCCCUCUGGAGUCCCAUGCUCACAGCCACCCGGUCGUCGAAUACUGAUGAGUCGUACCGUGCGUUUUCUACAAUUCAGGCGUGGAUGGCCUCCGACAGCACCGCGGCCACCGUAUUCCGCGGCUUGAAUGGCGUGUCCAUGUUUCUGCAGCACCUCGAGUCAGUCGACUUGGAAUCCACGUGUCAGAGCCUCCUGCUUAUAACUCGGUUCGUCGAAUCUUCCGCUGAUAUCGCCGAGGAUGUGGUGCUUAUGGGAGGCGUCGCCACCUUGGUGUCCCUCGCCGCCAACGCGCUGGAUUUUCGCAUUCAGGCGUCUGCGGUGGUUGCUGUGGGGUCUUUAAUCGCAUCGUUUCAUGAUCCGAUCGCAUUGACGAGGCAUCUCGUCAACGAUUUGGAUGCGAUCUCGGCGCUCUUGAGAGUGCUACACCAGGCCAGUCCCCUCGAAGACGACGUCGAGCUCGUCGCGUGUGUCCAGUCCACUGCUAUACUCCUGCAGCUGCUGGAGCACCACCCCGAUGCAUUGUCCCAGCUCGCCACGUUUCAAACCCCCGACGAGGACGACGUUGGGGCGCUGCUGACGGGACUCGUGGGUCGGGUGGACACGAUCUACCGCCUCAACCGGUCAGCUACAAAGGGGGUGCCAGUGGGCCACCACUUGUACCUGAACCUCCUCGCGCUCACCGGAGCACUCGUACAUGCGUAUCCAGAAUGCAAACCCCAAUUCGUGGUGGCCAACGUAGUUGCGACCAUCUGCACCACCAUCGACAAGCACUGCCAGCUGCCACCGCUCCCCAACACCACCAUCAUGGACGUUCUCACGGCAUGGAUCAUGUGGUUUAUCUGGACGUUCAUCUACGACUGGCGUGUUCGCCUCAUGACCUCUGAAGCCAUGGACAUCCUCGACCGCCUUGUGCCGCUGUUGACCCCAUUUCUGUCACUUCCGGCCGCCUGCGACGACUUCACCGCCAACCACCGCGGCAUCCACCUGGCAUCGUCCGUCCUUCGACAUGUCGUAGACUCCGACGCGAACCUCGCGCCUCGCACGCGGCUGUCCGCGUUGGACUUGUUUGUGUGCGCGAUCUUGCCGCCGUUUGACGUGCCAGAAGCGGAUCGACAGCGUCGCAUCGAGGCGAAUGUGGACGUGAUUGUCGGCACCCUCGACCAUGUGCUGACGAGGACGCUCGCUUUCCUUGAUCCCAACUCGUCCGAGAAAGACACUACUUUAGCCACCAUGUUCUUGGCCGAAGCCGUGAAAUGCACCGGCCUCGUCGCUCAUUUUGGCCAGGCGAUGCCGCCAGUGGACCACACGAACCUUCCACGAACACUGGCCCAAGUAUUACAACACGAAAACGUUCUGGAAGAUGUGAAGUGGAUAGCUAUGGCGGCUCUGAUUCAAUGGGUACGUACGACAGUCCUGCCCUUAGAUUCUUCGUACUACCAUUCAUUGUGACUAGGACACGAACGGCAACUCGACGGCGGGACUCGUCCGAGAUGCAGCAACAUUAGAAGGGAUCGUCGAGGCUCUUGCACGGCACGCCAACGCCAGUCAAGUCAAGUUGAUUGAACCCAUGCGAUUGUUGUUGCGGCGCCAUAAUCUCCCCCCAACCGAGUUGUAGAUGAACAUCCUAGAUAAGCGAAACGAUAGGUUUACGUGAUGGAGUUUAUAUUUUGAAAUCGUU